UAGGAAGUUAGAAAGUUCUCUGGAAAAGGCUGAAUUUCCUGCUCUGUCAAACCCAACCAGAGGAGGAGACUCACAUAUGUUAGCAGCAGGCUCCUAGCUGGGCUGAGCCAUGGAGGACUUUAAAACCUUGGCAUAUAAUAUCUUUACAGUAUGGCUGUCUGUGAUCAUCCUCUUUAUCAUGGUACCAUCCAUGCUUGGCUUUUCUCUGGGCAUCUCAGAGGUGUACAUGAAGAUCCUGGUUAAAACUCUAGAGUGGGCAACAUUGCGUAUUCAGAGAGGAUUUCGGGAACAAAAGAAGCUUCGAAUGGUUGCAUCUAAUGGCAUCAUACAGAGAGAUGAGUCUCCCAUGGAAGAAGAAAUUGUAGGUUUGAGGCAAAGUCGAAGCCAGUGUUUACAGAGUGGAGAUUUUGAAAUGUCUGAUGUCUUUUACUUCUCCAAGAAAGGGUUUGAAGCUAUUGUGGACGAUGAGGUCACUCAGAGAUUUUCCUCUGAAGAGCUGAUAUCUUGGAAUCUACUAACGAGAACAAACUACAACUUUCAGUAUAUCAGCCUCCGACUCACAACUGUUUGGGUACUUGGAGUAUUCAUACGAUACUGCAUCCUUUUACCACUACGGGUUACCUUGGCUAUUAUUGGGAUCAGUUGGCUGGUCGUGGGAGCUACGCUUGUUGGACAGCUGCCAAACGGCAGAGUGAAGGACUGGUUCAGUGAGAAUGUGCAUCUGGUUUGCUGUCGGAUUUGUGCAAGAGCUCUUUCCAGUGCAAUUGAGUAUCAUAACAAAGAAAACAGGCCCAAAAAAGGAGGGAUUUGUGUUGCCAACCACACAUCUCCAAUUGAUAUAAUUAUCUUGGCUAAUGAUGGUUGCUAUGCUAUGGUUGGACAGGUUCACGGAGGACUUAUGGGAGUUAUCCAAAGAGCUAUGGCAAGAGCAUGUCCACAUGUGUGGUUUGAACGUUCGGAGAUGCGUGACCGCCACCUAGUGACAAAAAGGCUGCGAGCUCAUGCAUUGGAUAAGGAAAAACUACCAAUUCUCAUCUUCCCUGAAGGAACCUGUAUUAAUAACACUUCAGUUAUGAUGUUUAAAAAAGGAAGUUUUGAAAUAGGUGGUACAAUAUACCCAGUAGCAAUAAAGUAUGACCCACAAUUUGGAGAUGCAUUUUGGAAUAGCGGUAAAUACAACAUGGUAAGCUACCUACUGAGAAUGAUGACAAGCUGGGCCAUCAACUGUAAUGUGUGGUACCUGCCUCCAAUGACUAGAAAGGAGGGAGAAGAUGCUGUUGAGUUUGCCAACAGAGUUAAGUCUGCAAUUGCGAAACAAGGUGGACUGAUAGAGUUGCCAUGGGAUGGUGGCCUAAAAAGAGACAAAGUAAAAGAUUCAUUCAAAGAGGAACAGCAGAAAAAUUAUAGCAAAAUAAUUUCAGGACCCAAUAAUGUAUCCCAGAAAGAUAACGGACUUGUUGCGUGAAGAAUGUUUGAAGACAAGGACAAUGAUGGCUUUUUUUGAUAUUCUUUGGUACUCCUUUUCUACACGUUUCUAUGAUCUUUUUACACAAUAUAAAAAGCAACUCCAGGUGAAAAGCGACAAUCCAAUAAGGAAGCGUUGCCUGACUGAAUUCACAGUUGAAUUAAAGUAAUUGUUCUGUAAUUUUUCAUUACCAGAAAGGACUUUCAGAUUGCCUCUUGGCAGGACUAAAAACCUAUUGGCACUUUCUUCAUUCGGGGCUCCUUAUAUACUGCAGAUUUUUCCUAGUUGGGUUGCAGAUACUUUGAUGAGCACUGAUGGAACUGCCUGCCUUGUUCAGACUUCACUGGCUGCAUGUUUAUUCUAUGUAUAUGAUUUACACAGCGGAGAAAGCCAAAAUUGGGAUAACCGCAAAAACUCAGAGGAAGUAUGUUUUUUGUAACGUUGUGACCCUUUCAUUGAUACUUAUGAAAACGUAUGCUCAAAUUACUCAAAAAACAUUCUGGUAGGUUAACGGACACCACGUUGGCCAAAGAGAAUGUAUGUAUGCGUAUAUGAAUGUGGUAUUGUCUUUAAAUUGCAAGCUCCAAUAGGGGUAUGCACUGAUUUAUAAAUGUUUUUAUUGUGUUGUAUGAAGCUACAGAAUAUGGUAAAACUUAAUAGGGGAAAUAAAAUUAAACUUUUCUGACCUGGA